UGGCAAAGCAUGGUCUGGGAAGAGAAUAUAAGGACCUGGAUCAGCUGGUCGGUAGCUCCUAGCCCACUGUGUGGUGUGAAGAUAUGGAUCAUGAGCUGAGCCAGGGAGCUGCACUGUUAUGGCUGCUAUACCUUCUGUGGCUGCUGCCCCACUCCUGGACUGCCCCCGAAGCUCCUGCCCCAGGGUGGCGGGAUGAGCUGCAAAACCACACGUUCCUGCACACGAUGUACUGCCAGAAUGCCAGUCCCAACGUGGGGCUCUCCGAGACCUACGACGAGGACCAGCUUUUCUCCUUCGACUUUUCCCAGAACAUCCGAGUGCCUCGCCUGCCUGAAUUUGCUGACUGGGCUCACAAGUCUGGAGAUUCAUCCACCAUUUUCUUUGACAAAGGAUUCUGCCAGGCAAUGAUUGAGGAAAUCGGCCCACAACUUGAAGGGAAAAUCCCAGUGUCUAGAGGGCUCCCCAUUGCUGAGGUGUUCACACUGAAGCCCCUGGAGUUUGGCAAGCCCAACACGCUGGUCUGUUUUGUCAGUAACCUCUUCCCACCCACACUGACGGUGAACUGGCAACAUCAUGCGGCCCCCGUGGAAGGAGUCGGGCCCACUUUUGUCUCAGCUGUUGAUGGACUCAGCUUCCAGGCCUUUUCUUACUUAAACUUCACACCGACACCCUAUGACCUUUUCUCCUGCAUCGUGACCCAUGAGAUUGACAGCUACACGGCAAUUGCCUAUUGGGUGCCCCAGAAUGCGCUGCCCUCAGACCUUCUGGAGAAUGUGCUGUGCGGCGUGGCCUUUGGCCUGGGUGUGUUGGGCAUCACUGUUGGCUUGGUCCUCAUCAUCUACUUCCGAAAGCCUUGCUUACGUGACUGACUCUUCUUGACCAGAGUCUGAUGCCAAGAACUUUAGCCAUCCAAGCAGGAGAUGUUCAGGUUUCCCACAUCCUGCCUAGGAUCUCUUCUCAGAGCAGAAGGCCCUGGGACUCCCCUGGGGUGUGUGUGUGUGUGUGUGUGUGCGUGUGUGUGAGUGUGUGUACAAGUUUCUAAGCUGGGGGCUCUGCUGUCCCUGGUCUUGCAUCCAAGGGAACCCAGAGCAGCCUUCCUAUCACGACCACAUCCCAUCCACAUCAAGGCAAUAAAUCUUACUUCUUAA